AUGUCUGAAAAAAAGAAAUAUGCUCGUGGCUAUUUACCAGAGUAUCUGAAGAUGGGUUUCAUUGAAUCUGUUACAAAUAAACAGCUUCCAAUGUGUUUACUGUGCCACAAGACAUUAUCUAAUGAAGCAAUGAAGCCAAGUCGAUUGAGAGAACAUCUCGCUACAAAGCAUUCGCAAGAUAAAGAUAAGCCCAUUGAAUAUUUUCAGGAGAUCUAUAAAAGAUUUCAAAAACGUCCAACAAUAGCUACAUCCUUUCAAAAACAACAUGCAAAGAAUGAGGAUGGAUUAACUGCAGCUUAUCGUAUAUCACACUUAAUUGCAAAAAGUGGUAAAAGCCAUAAUACUGGAGAAACUUUGAUAAUACCCUCUAUCAAAGAAUUUAUCUCAACAGUAAUGCAUCAGGAUAUACCUGAAGUUUUAAAAACAUUGCCCCUUAGCGAUAACACAGUAAAGAGACGCAUUGACGAAAUGGCGGCUAAUGUUGAAAAUAAACUUAUAGGUAUUCUCCAAAAUUCGAAAUUUUCCAUACAAUUGGAUGAGUCUGUCAUUGCAGAUAAUAAUGCUCUACUGAUGACAUAUGUACGGUACCUUGAUGAAAACAAUACAUUGCAAGAAGAAAUGCUAUUCACUGUCAAUCUGAUUACAGAUACGAAAGGAUUAUCAAUAUUUAAUGCUGUGAAAUCAUACUUUGCAAAAAAUAAUAUACCCUUGAACAAUAUUGUUGCAUGUGCUACUGAUGGAGCACCAUCAAUGGUAGGCCGCUAUCGUGGGUUUGUUGCUUACUUGAAGGAAGAAGUGCCAAACGUUUUGUGUAUUCAUUGUGUUGUGCACAGACAACAUAUUGUAGGAAAACAUUUAAGUACAAGUCUCCAUUCAUCAUUAAGUAUAAUAAUUAAAGCUGUAAAUAAGAUCAAAUCUAAUGCCAAGUGUGAUAGAAUGUUUCGACAGCUGUGCCAGGAUAAUAACGAGCAGUUUAUUAGGUUACUUUUACAUACAGAAGUUCGAUGGCUCUCAAAGGGUACAUGCUUGUCUCGUUUUGUUGCAUUAUUUGAUAGUGUCGUACAGUUUUUUGAAAGUGAUAAUGAGGCUGGUCUCUAUGAACAGUUAAAAAACGUAAAGAAUGAUGCCUUUUAUUUGGCAGACAUUUUCAAGAGAUUUAAUGAAAUAAAUUUGCAGCUUCAAGGAGCCAAUAUAACUCUCAUAAGUUGCAAAAAUAUUGUGUCAUUAUUUAUCGAAAAGCUUGAUCUUCUCCGUCAUAAUAUUUUAAAGAGAGAAUUUCAUCAGUUUCCUGAAUUGUCCUCUAUAAACAAUGAUGUAACUCCGGGGGAUAUUGAAAGGUUCAGUAGCCACCUCAAGGAACUCAAAUUGGAUAUGGAAAAACGAUUUCAAGAUAUUUUGAACUUAAAGGUGCAUGACUGGAUGAUAAAUCCUUUUACAGCAAAUGUUGCUGAGGUUGAUAUAACUUGCCAAGAAGAACUAUUAGAACUUAAAUAUGACGAAGAGAGACGUGUUAAGAGAGAGCUAGGCCAGAAAGCCACAAGGGCCUUUGUAAAGUUGGAGGCAGCAGAAGCAGAGAUGUCAAUAUCUGCCUGUGAGAGGAACAGAAGAGGCAAAGGCAGAGGGGAUGAUACCUGCCUGGAAGAAGAUUGCUGCAGCCUGGUAUGGGUGGAAGAGGUCCUCAGAGACCCCAGUCAAGCUUUGGCGACUGGGUUGAAGCGCUCCAGAGUCCCCUGGGAGCAGCUAGGAAGCUGUUCUGGUGGAGGUACUCAAUCAAAGUAA